AUGGGUUCGGUCCCACGCCUAGGAUUACUAGGCCCUCCACCUCCAGGGUUGGCUAAUCUAACGUCAUUGUCUCCAAACUCGAGCGAUCCAGAUAGACGUUUGAGGCGGCAAAUUGCAAAUUGCAACGAAAGACGACGCAUGCAGUCUAUUAACGCCGGCUUUCAAUCGUUGAGAGCACUGCUUCCUCGGAAGGAAGGUGAAAAGUUAUCCAAGGCAGCUAUUCUGCAGCAUACUGCAGAUCUCAUUCAACAGCUUCAAAAUGAGCGCUCGCGCUACAUUGAUAACGAAGAAGUUGGAGGGAAAAAACCGAAAAUUGAAGGUUCGUUUAUUUUUAGCAAUAUUCAAGAACACUUAAAUGAAAAGGAAAUAGGAUAG